AGCACAAGGAUCUAUUAACAAUUUGAGAGCAUUUCGUGUUGGUGAGAAAAUUUCAUGGCCAAUCCUAAAGUUUUCUUUGAUGUCACCGUCGGCGGCCAGCCGACCGGCCGUAUAGUGAUGGAGUUGUUUGCCGACACGACUCCGAAGACGGCUGAGAACUUCCGCGCUCUCUGCACCGGGGAGAAAGGCGUUGGGAAGUCAGGCAAGCCGUUGCACUACAAGGGAUCCACAUUCCACCGUGUGAUCCCCAAUUUCAUGUGCCAGGGCGGUGAUUUCACCGCCGGAAACGGCACCGGAGGAGAGUCGAUCUACGGAUCGAAGUUCAGCGACGAGAAUUUCGUGAAGAAGCACACCGGCCCCGGGAUCCUGUCCAUGGCCAAUGCCGGCCCCAACACCAACGGUUCUCAGUUCUUCAUAUGCACGGCGAAGACGGAGUGGCUGGACGGAAAGCACGUGGUGUUCGGACAGGUGGUUGAGGGUUUGGACGUGGUGAAGAAGGUGGAGAUGGUUGGAUCCGGCUCCGGAAAGUGCUCGAAGCCGGUUGCGAUCGCUGAUUGUGGCCAACUUUCCUAAUCCCGUGGUGAUCUAGUUGAAUCACGACUCUCUAAAAAUUUUAAUGUUAUCUUUUUUUCAUUGUCUUCCUCAAUUUCAGGUCUGUGAUUGCCUGAUUGGUGGAAUGGUGGUUUCAUAGCCACCAAAUAAAUGAAUUACAAUAAGUUUGAUGAGUCUGUUCAUUUAC